AUGAAUGCGACUGGCAGCAAACCAGUAUCCGCGGAAUCUCUGCCAGGUAGCAAAAAACCAAAACCUAAGCGGGAACAAAUAAAUCCUCUAGAUGUGACUGAAUCCUUAGGGUAUCAGACAUAUAGAAGGGGAAUACGUAAGCCGUGGUCAAAGCAAGAUGAUGAGGUUUUACGUGGAGCUGUGAACAAGUGUUUGAUUGAGCUUGGCUAUCCAAAUGGGAUUAAUUCCGUUACUUCGAUUCAUGAAUCACAGAUAGCCUGUAAGAAGAUCCCAUGGGAAAAAGUUGUGCUUAAUUUCGAUACUAGAAUAAGGAAACCGAAGGAUGUGCGGAAGCGGUGGACUAGUAGUUUGGAUCCGAAUUUAAAAAAGGGGAGAUGGACGCCUGAGGAGGACAUGUUUUUGUUGAGGUCAUACGAAAAACACGGCCCGCAAUGGCUUAAAAUUUCAAACGAGCUCGCAGGCAGAACUGAAGAUCAAUGUGCGAAGCGAUAUAUCGAAGUUUUGGACCCGAGCACGAAAGAUCGGCUGCGAGAGUGGACCCUGGAAGAAGACCUGGCCCUUAUCAGUAAAGUUAAAGUGUAUGGUACGAAAUGGAGACAAAUUUCCUCAGAAAUGGAGUCGCGGCCUAGUCUGACAUGUAGGAACAGAUGGAGAAAGAUUAUAACGAUGGUUAUGCGCUCUAAAGCUCCUGAGGCUAUAACGCGAGCUGUAGAAAGUGGUGGCCUUAGUUCUCCUGGGAAACUUCAGGGAACCCUGGGUACGUCUUCUGAUGAAAUUGCAAAUCCUAAUGCAAGUGGGAAUCUUGUAGGAGAUAAAACAUGUUCUUCGGGCUCCACUUUAUUGGGCUAUUCGGAAACUGCUCAGAACUCUGCUUCUCCGCGGAAUAAUGUGGCGAACAAUUCUCCUAACUCCGUGAAUUAUGAACACCUGUCUUCGACGAGAAGUGUGACGCCGAUUCUCGCUCAUCCGCAAGCGUCGCCGAUCACACAAUCAUUGCAGAUAGAUUUUGGAGACGGCAUAGACAGUAACAAGGAUGCAGUUGCUGAGGGUUCUAUUACCGCACCGGGCCCUCGUCUUUCGCGCGAGACACAGUACCCAGGAUCCUCUCCACAAAUCUUACUCAAACCAUCGGCAUAUAGUGUCUCUGCAGCUACUCCAACGAUCGCAACUACUUUAAAUUCCCAUGUACCAAUCUCAUCAACUAUAGACAAAUUAAACCCCGAUGCAGGUAUACCCAUAAUAGCAGAUGUAAGUGAUGUUGCUAUUAAUAAUGUAACUCCCCAUCCCCAGCCAAUGUCGACCGUCAGAGAAUGGAAAUACGGUUUAGAAAAUCAUGAGGGCUUGUCAGUGGGUGGUGGUUCGAUUUCAACCGAGGCCUUGGUACACGAGCUCGUAGAGCAGUCUAAGAAAUAUGGGCUUUCCAUUAACAUAUAUCAACACGUUCAUAACCACUACGUUAUUGGAAAUCAGCAUCAUAACUUGAGGAAGAUAAAUGAGACAUCUUCCUUAGGUAUUUACAACUUUGAAGAAAAUAAUAUAUCGCCAUUUGGGUUGAAUAAUGGUUUUACUCAGGACCCAAAGUACGAUAGAGUGAAUUUACAAGGCAAUCAUAGUAUGAGCACAGCUAGUCAGGUCUACAUUGAUGGUAAAAAUACUUCCCCAGCGUACUCCCAACAUGCAGGGGUUAUGACUAGCGAUUCAUAUACUUCGCCGGGCCAUGAUCUGCCGGAUAUUGGUCCACAGAGAAUGACGCAUUUUAAAUCUUUGCCAUCAAAUGUUAAGCUGCAGCUAGGCUCCAGUGCACACGCAAGGUACGAACCAGAUUUAUCAGGUAAAGACCCCUACAACCGUAGUAACAAGAAAAAGCGUCCCAGAAACCAUACAAGUAACGAACUGCAAAAUAUCUCCUCUUUAUUAUCGCAUGGAGGUGUAAAUGUUCCACCAUAUCAAAAGCACCAUGUCCCAAAGAAUGAGGAAGAGUGUAAUUCGGUGUUGACAAGUUCGGCAUCGGAAGAUGGCACGUCUUCCAUUGUAGAAGAAGAAGGUCCUGAUUUCUGGGAAACAUUACGACAAUUAGGCUCUGUGCCAAUUAGUGAAGACGCUACUUGUUCAGCUAAGUAUAGUAUACAGCAAGCGGCACCGUUACCAUCAUCGGCCGGUAGAAGUCUCACUAACACGAUAGAUAUGACUGUGAACGAGGACAAUCAACUUAAAAACAAUACCAAUGAUGAUGAAUUUAACUUAGUGAUGAAUGAAUGCAUUCACAGAGGGUUGCCAUUCAACCCUAGCUAA